AUGCUCUUCUUGGCUACCGUAUUGGGCCAACUGGCAGUGGUCAUUUCUUUGGACUGUAGCACUGCACCAACGGAAGCUUUGCGGAUUGUUUGUCAACAGAUAGCACGAUGGGAUGACAGCGCUAGGAAGGCACCACCACCCACUUCCGUCAUGCCACCUGCCAUAGCCGGGAAGACACAAUUGGCUGCGGAAUUUGCUCCCAUAGCUAGCAACAUGUACCAGUGCAUGGAUAUCGCAUGUUUAUGCGUGUUUUUCAGAGGCACUGGCGGAACUUCUUGCACAGUACAAGGAAGACCCUUGCGCAAAGCUUUACGGAAAGAGUACCGACAACUCAGUGACAAUGAAAGAGCCAGACUGCAUGCGGCAUUCAGGACCAUGAAAAACAACGGCGAGUACGAUCGUUUGGCGACAAUUCAUUCGCAGUUCUCUGGUAGCGGUGGUGCACAUUCGGGACCUGCAUUUCUGCCAUGGCACAGAGAGUACAUGAAAAGAGUUGAGAUUGCAAUACGUCAAGUCGAUCCUGAUCUUGCUCUACCGUAUUGGGACUCCACACUGGAAGAGAAUAUGCCCAACUCGAAAGACUCGAUACUAUGGACCAACGAGUUCAUGGGAGAGAGUGCUGGUGGAAGCGUAAAUGGUGGAUCAUUCAGAGAAUGGAGGACUUUGGAGGCUCGACCUAAUAUUCGCCGUGAAGUUGGAGCUAGAGGAAAAUGUUUUUCGGAAGAUGAGAUACAGUUUACUCUGCGCCAGACGGACAUCAACCAAGUGCUCGCCUUCUCAGCACCUAGACCAGGAUGCCCCUCCCAACCGAAUUAUAAUGUUCUUGAGUACACACACGGUAAUGCGCAUAUCUAUGUCGGAGGAGAGAUGUUCGAUACGCAGACAUCUGCGAAUGAUCCGAUAUUCUUUAUGCAUCAUUCGUUUGUCGACUGCAUAUGGGAGAUGUUUAGGCAAACAAGACAGACUCGCGCUGAUCGUGAGCGCGCUUAUCCGGUAAAUAAUGAGCUGUGCGCGAGUCAACAUCACUUCGGCAGCACUUCCAUGCGACCUUUCGCACCUAUGAAAAACACUGAUGGACUUUCAAAUAUGUACACAGAUAAUCUUUAUUCAUACGCACCACGACCAAGCUGCUCAAUGGGCAAUGAUUGUGGAUCAAAGUACCUCUACUGCGAUAGAUCUCAUGGUCAGCCGAGAUGUGCCUCAAAAAUUAAACCAGGUGGAAGCUGCGCAGGGCUCAACAACGGUGAGAACGCUUGCUAUAAUGGACGAUGUAUGAAUGGGCGGUGCGUUGUAGCCGCCGCACAGCAGGCGACUACACCGCCACCAAUUGCUCCUGCAAAACCAGUAGUGGUGGUCCAGCAAACAUGCUUCAACGAGCACGAAUGCUGCUCACAUUGGUCUCGUACUGGAGAAUGUCCGAAAAACCGCGCCUACAUGAGCGAGUGGUGCAAGGCCUCGUGCUUGGUGUGCCAACCGACUUAUGAUCUGAACAACGCAACACUCGGAAAUUGCAACUCGAUUAUGUGCUUCAACGAGGAUAUAUGUUGUCCGUACUGGGCUUAUGUGGGUGGAUGUAUAACAAAUCCUGACUUCAUGCUUUGCCAAUGUCGUGUAAGCUGUGAGCAAUGUACACCAGAUUACUUCUAUGGAGAAUGUGAAGAUUAUCACCGCGAUUGCUAUAAAUGGUCGAGAGGAGGACAAUGUACCAAGAACAAAUGGAUGCUGGAAAAUUGUCGAAGAUCUUGUAAUUCAUGCAUAGAUCCAAGCAUGCUUCCUCAACGUUGUGCUCAGCGGUUUUCUCGCUCACCCUUCCUGUGGUCAAUAGGAAUGAAAUAG